AUGGGGGCUGCAGCACAGCCUGCCACCCUCCUGCUGCUGUCACUACUCCAGGCUCUGACCUGGACCAAGACCCAGAGUGGCACUGGGUCACACUUGCUGAGCUAUACUGUAACCACCACCACCACCACCGCGUCUCCAACCACGUCUCCAACGGGUCUCCAAGUCUUCAUCGUUGGCUAUGUGGACGACACUCAAAUCCUGCGCUUCGACAGUGAGGCAGCUACCAAGAUGGAGCCACGUGUGCCAUGGGCAAAGCAGAUGGGGCGAGAUUAUUGGAAGCGGGUAACAACAGGUCUGGAGAGUUAUUCACACACUGCCCGAGAAAACCUGCGGUUCGCAAUCCGGAUCUAUAACCAGAGUGAUGACGGUUCUCAUACCUUCCAGUGUUUCAUUGGUUGUGAAGUGGGUCCAGACCGACUCUUCCUCCGUGGGCACUAUAGACAUGCCUUUGAUGGCCGUGAUUACAUCAGCCUGAACGAGGACAUGAGAACUUGGACUGCGGCUGACAAGACAGCUCAGAUCACCCAGCAACACUGGGAGGAAAAAAAGAAAGCAGAGUUCUUCAGAGGUUUGCUGGAGGGCCAGUGCGUUGCAUGGCUACACAGGCAUCUGGAGAUGGGGAAGGACCGUCUACUGCGCUCAGACCCUCCAAAGGCCCAUGUGACCCAUCACCCUAGACCUGAAGGUGAUGUCACCCUGAGGUGCUGGGCCUUUGGAUUCUACCCAGCUGACAUCACCCUGACCUGGCAGAGGGAUGGGGAAGACCAGACUCAGGACAUGGAGGUGAUGGACACCAGGCCUGCAGGAGAUGGAACCUUCCAGAAGUGGGCAGCUGUGGUGGUGCCUUCUGGAGAAGAGGAGAGAUACACAUGUCUUGUGAAUCAUGAGGGGCUGCCUGAGCCCAUCACCCUGAGAUGGGGUAAGAGGGAGCCCCCUCAUUGGCCCACAAUUGGAAUGACUGUUGGUGUGGUUCUCCUUGGAGUUGUGGUCACUGGAGCUGUGGCUGCCAUUGUGAUGAUGAGGAAGAAAAGCACAGAAAAGAGUCCAGGGAAUUUUCAGAUAGCAGUCAGUUAA